AUGAUGGGUUCCGUAUUUUUAUCUAUCUUGGAAGGAUACGGUAAAAGUUGGCUACCUGCUGAAUGCAUUGUUCAAGAAGUAUUUGACAAAGGUUUCGAUGUCGUUCAGGAAAACAACUCUGAAGGAGUUACCAAGUUUGUGUUAUUCAAGGAUUCUACCGAUAAAUGGAGAGUUUCUACUGUUUCUGUUACCUCAUCAUCUUUUGAAUUUAGAUUAGGUCUUCCAGAAGAAUUAAGAGGAUUAAGAGAUGAAGAAUUAAGCCAAAAGAGUGGUGUUGCGGGUUGUAUCUUCAUUCAUGCUGCAGGAUUCAUUGGAGGUGCCAACUCCGAAGAAGGUGUCUUGAAAUUAGCAAGAAUGUCAUUGGAAAAGAAAUAA